GCCGCGCGCGCUCGGGCAGCCUCCGCAGGCACGGCAGAGCGGGAUCCUUCCGCCCCCGGGGCAGCGGCAACGAGUCCCCCGCCCCCACCCGCGACGCGGCGGCGGAGGCGGCGCUGCGGCAUCAGGAUUGCAGGCGAGUGAGGGGCUGCGGGCCGAGCCCCCUGCGCCAGGAUCCGCCAUGAGCGAGUUGGACCAGCUGCGGCAGGAGGCGGAGCAGCUCCGGAACCAGAUCAGGGAUGCGCGGAAGGCGUGUGGCGACUCCACGCUGACCCAGAUCACGGCCGGCCUCGACCCAGUGGGCCGGAUUCAGAUGAGGACGAGGCGCACCUUGCGGGGUCACCUGGCAAAGAUCUACGCCAUGCACUGGGGGACAGACUCCAGGCUGCUGGUGAGCGCCUCUCAAGACGGGAAGCUGAUCAUCUGGGACAGCUACACCACGAACAAGGUCCACGCCAUCCCCCUGCGGUCCUCGUGGGUCAUGACCUGUGCCUACGCCCCCUCCGGGAACUACGUGGCCUGUGGCGGCCUGGACAACAUCUGCUCCAUCUACAGCCUGAAGACCCGCGAGGGGAACGUGCGGGUCAGCCGGGAGCUGCCGGGCCACACGGGGUACCUCUCCUGCUGCCGGUUCCUCAACGACAACCAGAUCAUCACCAGCUCCGGGGACACGACCUGCGCCCUCUGGGACAUUGAGACCGGGCAGCAGGCCACGACCUUCGCGGGCCACAGCGGCGACGUCAUGUCCCUCUCGCUGGCCCCCGGCAUGCGCACCUUCGUCUCGGGGGCAUGCGACGCCUCCAUCAAGCUGUGGGACGUCCGCGACAGCAUGUGCCGGCAGACCUUCACGGGGCACGAGUCCGACAUCAACGCCGUCUGUUUCUUCCCCAACGGGAACGCCUUCACCACGGGCUCGGACGACGCCACCUGCCGCCUCUUCGACCUGCGCGCCGACCAGGAGCUCCUGAUGUACUCGCACGACAACAUCAUCUGCGGCAUCACCUCCGUGGCCUUCUCCCGCAGCGGCCGCCUCCUCCUGGCCGGCUACGACGACUUCAACUGCAACAUCUGGGACUCCAUGAAGGGUGACCGGGCAGGGGUCCUCGCCGGCCACGACAAUCGCGUCAGCUGCCUGGGCGUGACGGACGACGGGAUGGCCGUGGCCACGGGCUCGUGGGACAGCUUCUUGAAAGUCUGGAACUGCCCCUGGCGCCUGCUCGGCCUUGGGGGGGGGGGGGGGGUGCGGGGGGGCCCAGCUAGUCUCUGCCCCCGCUUCUAGGGGGCCAUGGCCUUGACCCUCUCCCCCUCCCCUGGCUGCCCACCCCCUGACUUUCUUUUUCUGCUCCAAGUAAAGUGUUUGGACCAAGCCCAGCUUUCUGGCUGCAGGAUUGGGGGGGCUGGCGGCCGGCUGGCCUCUCGCAGCAGGAGGCAGGGGUUGCUGGACCACACCCCACCAAGGGGGCGGGGGCACGAAGGGGGGCCGGG